UUCAUGCGGCGGUUAGAAUAAAGUGCCUUCACGAUGGCGGAUUUUGUCUAAGGCAGACGACACGACGGGUUUGGUAAUUUUCUGGUUAUCCAAACUGAACACCGGACUGACACUUCAUAAAACCAGAGGUUUUCGUUCACGCAUGCGCACAAAGAACGCGGUCUUGACACUUUUAAAGUUGUUCGGAGACUGUCACAAACAUCUGAUCGCAGACCAGAGGACUACAAAACAAAAGAACUCAAACCCAUGGCAUCUAAAUAAUUACUUUAAUAUUGUUGACCACAACAUUGGAUUUAUCCCAAUCUUCUAGAGACAAUAAUGAGGAAUGAGGCAGGAUCUGCUGACUCAUACAAUUCAUGAGAAACGUGUUUUUAACUCCUUCAACCUGAAAAAGACCUUUUAAUGCUUGAAAUAUGGAACCUUUGAACCCGCAAACUAUGAUUUUCUACAAAAAUUCGUCCAGUAGUGAAAACAUAUUUGGCACCCGUUGUAUUCUACAUGCUACGUUUCUAGUUCUAAAAACCCAUUAAACGGUUCACCGUAGCAAGUCUAGAAGAAAGCCACUGAAGUCACUACUUCCUAUCAUCAGUCGUUUUUCUGCAAAAAGUGAAUUUAAUUCGACAUCCUGCAACCCACAAGGAAUAAAGACUCUCUCAAAUGGGGCUUAAUGAGCAACUUAGCCAGUAGCAAGCCAUAGCUUACCACGUCGACCAGUUGUAGUUUUAAUUAAAAAAAAAAUGCCUUGUUCUCGAAACAGCUGUAUCUUUUUGGUUAGGAAAAUAAUUAUGUGGAAAGAAAAAAAACGUUCUCAUGGAAGUGAGGGUAAAAAUACUCGGCUUGCCAAGAUCGGCUCCGUGUACUCGCUCAGUGCAGCGUCGUCACGGUAUGCUGACUUGGACGAUGAAACUGAAGAUAGAUUGAAGAACAUAACCUACCAUGACUCGGACAGUGAUCUUUCGGGAGAAAGCUGCUCUUUGAAGUUUAAGAACUGGAUAAGAAAGCAGGCGUUUCUUCCAAAUGAUUUUUCUGUCUCGGCCACAGGAGAUCUCUUGUUCGUCAUUCUCACAUUGUUAAUCACCAUGUUGUUCUUUAAUGAAAAAGCGUUGCCGGGCGGUGAAAUCUUCCACUUGCUUUUCCUCGUGGUAUCCUGUUUUUUCGCUGGUAAAUUCUUCGCUUUUAUCCGUUUGCCGCCACUAUUGGGACAGCUCUGGAUGGGGAUUUUGCUGAGGACGUUUGACCUUAUAAAAACUGGGAGCGUGUACUUUUUCCUCAUCACCGCCGUGAGGCAGGUUUCGAUGGCGAUUAUAUUGCUCAAGGCCGGUCUGGGAUUGGAACUUCAUUCGAUGCUUAAACUCAAAUGGAUGAUAUUCAAAUUGACGUUUUUCCCGUGCAUAGGCGAAGCAACAGCUGCAGCAUUCAUCUCACACUACGCUCUCGGCUUCAAUUGGUUCUGGGGCUUUCUAAUGGGAUUUCUUUUGAGUUCGAUUUCACCUGCAGUUGUCAUCCCACCCUUGCUCCAUUUGAAAGCUCAAGGCUACGGCGAAGACAAAGGAAUCUCUACAGUCGUCAUAGCUGCAGCCGGGUUGGAUGACAUCCUCUCCAUUUCCUGUUUCAGUCUUUUCCACUCCAUUUUGUUCAAACCGUCGGCCAACGUUUACCGUGAAAUCCUGCAUGGCCCAAUUGACCUCGUCCUCGGGUCUUUCACCGGGGCGGUGUGGGGCUUAAUUGCCGCUCUGUUUCCACACAAGGAGGAUGAUUUCGUCUCCAUCAAAAGAAGCGCGAUGAUCUCGAUGGGAGGAAUAUGUGCAGUACUAGCAAGCAUUCACUACAACGUGGACUCUGCCGGUCCCAUAUUCUGCAUGGUAUCGGCAUUCGUGGCCAGCCUGUGUUGGAAGGUCCAGUACCACAGGCUAGAAGAGCCGAUCGGAUCCGGCCAGCUAAACGACAACGUUGCUUACUUUUUCAGAGUGAUAUGGGUAAUGAUAGAGCCGUUUCUUUUCGGAAUGAUCGGAGCUGAGAUAGAUGUGAGGGCCCUCGAGCCAACCAAAGUCGCUUACAGCAUAUUGAUUAUAGUAGGCGCUCUCAUUUUCAGAGUCAUGAUCUGCUUCCUUUCUCUGAUCGGUAGCGAUUUGAACUGGAAAGAAAUGCUAUUUGUUAACUUGGCCUGGCUGCCGAAAGCGACUGUCCAAGCGGCGAUCGGGCCUCUCCCAUUGGACCAUCUACGUGCUAGAGAGAACACAUCAAAUCCGCCAAGCGCAGAUGACCUGGACAAAGCUUUGCUGUUGCUGACAACCGCAGUACUAAGCAUAUUGAUCACUGCACCCCUGGGUGCCGUAUUCAUUCAGUUCACUGGUCCAUGCUUGCUCUCCAAACCAAAGCAGCCAAAGGAAAUUAAGAAAAAGGUACAACAUUGAAAGUGAUUAGAAACGAAAUUAAAAAUGUAAUAUAUUUUAUUCAUCAUC